GGGCAGUGGCAAAUUGGCAACACAAAAACACUUGUGCAUUUCCGAGAGAAUUAAGGAUAGAGGGAGUUGUAGAGAUAUGGCCUUACCCAAGACAAUGAUUUACAUUAGUGUCCUCUUCAUAUUAUGUGCUUGUCUGGAAAAACAAGAUUGCUCAGAAACUACAAAUGUAAGACAGCCCUCACCCUGGAAUAGAGUAGAAGUUCUUUCUAGAGAAAAGAGAGAGGUGGCAGUAUCCGUCUCUGAGAAAAUUGCUGAAAUUGAGGUGGACAUCGUUGAUAUUCCAGAUUACAUAAUAGAGCUAAUAAAGGCCACAGUGAGUGGACUAACCUACCCCAUUGCUUUGACCAAUGACUUCAAUGUAACAGCUGUGAACAUUACAACUGAAUGCUUCCCAAACAGCACAUGCGUAUGUGGGGAGCAGUAUGGUUGGCCAUGCGACAAGUGUCUCUCUUAUGGGUCCUGUGACAAGAUCGCUGAGAACACGUGUGGAUGUAUCAAUUCAAUUCCUGGUGAUGGACAGUUCUGUCAACCAAUCUCAAAUUUGACGGCCUGUCCAUCUCCCACAACAGGGACAGUAAUCAUCUCUGAGAAAAUUGCUGAAAUUGAGGUGGACAUCGCUGAUAUUCCAGAUUACAUAAUAGAGCUAAUAAAGGCCACAGUGAGUGGACUAACCUACCCCAUUGCUUUGACCAAUGACCUCAAUGUAACAGCUGUGAACAUUACUACUGAAUGCUUCCCAAACAACACAUGCAUAUGUGGGGACCAGUAUGGUUGGCCAUGCGACAAGUGUCUCUCUUAUGGGUCCUGUGACAAGAUCGCUGAGAACACGUGUGGAUGUAUCAAUUCAAUUCCUAGUGAUGGACAGUUCUGUCAACCAAUCUCAAAUUUGACGGCAUGUCCAUCUCCGACACCAGAGAGAGUAAUCAUCUCUGAGAAAAUUGCUGAAAUUGAGGUGGACAUCGCUGAUAUUCCAGAUUACAUAAUAGAGCUAAUAAAGGCCACAGUGAGUGGACUAACCUACCCCAUUGCUUUGACCAAUGACCUCAAUGUAACAGCUGUGAACAUUACUACUGAAUGCUUCCCAAACAGCACAUGCGUAUGUGGGGAGCAGUAUGGUUGGCCAUGUGACAAGUGUCUCUCUUAUGGGUCCUGUGACAAGAUCGCUGAGAACAUGUGUGGAUGUAUCAAUUCAAUUCCUAGUGAUGGACAGUUCUGUCAACAAAUCUCAAAUUUGACGGCAUGUCCAUCUCCCACAACAGAGACAGUAAUCAUCUCUGAGAAAAUUGCUGAAAUUGAGGUGGACAUCGCUGAUAUUCCAGAUUACAUAAUAGAGCUAAUAAAGGCCACAGUGAGUGGACUAACCUACCCCAUUGCUUUGACCAAUGACCUCAAUGUGACAGCUGUGAACAUUACUACUGAAUGCUUCCCAAACAACACAUGCGUAUGUGAGGACCAGUAUGGUUGGCCAUGCGACAAGUGUCUCUCUUAUGGGUCCUGUGACAAGAUCGCUGAGAACAUGUGUGGAUGUAUCAAUUCAAUUCCUAGUGAUGGACAGUUCUGUCAACCAAUCUCAAAUUUGACGGCAUGUCCAUCUUCCACACCAGCGCCAACAGCAACACCAUCCACAGCAAUUUCACCAACAACACCUUCCGUAAAGACAUUGGACUUACAAUUGACUAUGGAUAUCACUUUUGACCCUGCCUUCAAUGAUGAAAAUAAUGCAGUGUUCAAAGAUGUUAAUCAGGCUAUCAGAAACGUUUAUCAGAGAAACAUUGAAGGCUUCGUGUCUUCAACAUUAAAUCAAUUUGUGAAGGGAAGUGUUAUUGCAGAAUAUACUAUCAAGUCAAUCAUUCUACGUUAUUCGGAUGUUGCAAAUGCAAAAGCUGAAAUUGUCCAAGUACUUGGAGCGAAAUAUCAAAUUUAUUUUACCUGCUUUAAUGAUACAGUAUUUGGCAAUGGGCAACUUAAUGAUAUUGUUAUAGCUGACUGCAAAUCAGAUGAAGUGGGUCAAAGGACAGCUAGAUGUCUAAAAAAUGGAACAUUUUCAGUUUUGGAGGAUACUUGUGUCCUACAAAAAAUUAAAGCACUGUUUGAGGAAUCUCAGACUUUAGUUGGGACGAAUCUUCCGUCUUUUCUAGAAAGACUCAGCAAUAGCACUCGUAACCUCACAGAGAGAAUAGUUUCAUCACCUGCAACUAUUUCUACUAUUGUUAAUAUUCUGGUAAAUGUUGCAAAUGUGUCCCGAAGUACCGCUAUUAACAGAUUUAUGAUGAGGAAUUUUCUGGAAACGGCAGAUGUUCUUACUUCAAAUGGAGCAAUUAACUCGUGGAAAGUUCUUAAUGCCAAUGUUACAAAAAAUGACAACUCACACUUUCUGGAAAGCAUUGAAAUCAUUUCUAAUUUUCUCACCAAUGACUCUUUUGAAAUAGAAACACAGCUCAUUAUUUUAAACAAAACCACAUUCAACAGUUUUCUAAAUAAUGGAUUUAAUUUGAACUCAUCGGUUCAGAUAGACAUAUCGACAUUGAAUUCUUCCUUCAAUUCAAUCACCACCAUUGCAUUUGCCUCCAUGAAUAAUGUUUUACCCAUCAGAAAAAGCAGUCUGAACGACAACAUCAGCUCUAUCAAUGGAGAAGUAGUGCUGGUCAAAUCAAAUACCACAAUCAAUAACGUGACUUUCCGUUUUGAUGUACUGAACAAGACCCUCGGUAAUCCUCAGUGUGUCUUUUGGAACUUCACCCAUUUUGACGGCCUUGGAGGAUGGGAUGAUACAGGAUGUCAACUGCAGUCUAAUGGGAAUGGCAUGGUCACCUGUAACUGUAACCAUAUUACCUCCUUCUCCAUUUUGAUGUCACCAGACGCUCCAGAUGAUCCAGUUCUCUCUUACAUUACAUUCAUUGGCGUAGGCAUAUCGAUGGGUAGUUUAGUCUUAUGUCUAAUCAUUGAGGCUAUAGUCUGGAAUGCAGUGACCAGAAACAACACCUCCUACAUUCGUCACGUUGCCAUUGUGAACAUUGCUGUGUCUCUCCUGAUUGCUGACAUUUGGUUCAUUAUUGGUGCCUCUAUUUCAGAACAAGACCCACUACCUGUCAGUUCAUGUAAUGCAGCUACAUUUUUCAUCCACUUUUUCUACCUUGCUCUUUUCUUCUGGAUGUUGAUCACAGGACUUCUGCUGCUCUAUCGGACAGUCAUGGUAUUUUCACAUAUGUCAAAAUCAAGCAUGCUGGCUAUAGGUUACACAGUGGGCUACGUGGCACCGCUCAUCAUUGCUGUAAUUACUGUGGCCGCUACAGCGCCAGGAAAUGCCUACAUUAGGGAAGGUGGUCCAUGCUGGCUCAACUGGUACCAGUCCAAGGCCCUACUUGCCUUUGUAAUCCCAGCCCUGAUCAUAGUGGCCAUCAACCUUGUGAUCCUGAUUGUGGUUCUGUACAAAAUGCUGAGGAGAGGUGUGGGGGACACCACCCAGUCAGAUGAAAAAAAUGCUUUUGUGGUCAUUGCCCGCUGCCUGGCUAUUCUGACUCCCAUUUUUGGCCUUACUUGGGGACUGGGAGUAGGAAUCAUGGUUGAUCCAACAAAUAGGGGAAUCAAUAUUGUGUUUGCCCUCUUCAACUCAUUGCAGGGUUUCUUCAUUUUGGUGUUUGGAACACUUUUAGACAAAAAGAUUUGGGAAGUCCUUGCAGGAAUAUUAUCUUUCAACAAUGUGUCAUCCAACCGGACAAGGAGCACAAGUGAUGAAACAUUAUCAUCCAGUGGAUUCCACAACUUUCUGAAAAGAAGAAGAAAUGUUUUCAAUGUUUCAGUGCCUUCAGAAUCGGGAAUUACAGGUGUACAGCAAGGUUCUCCAGGAUUCAACCAAUAACCUCAUGUUUUACCAAUUUGGAAACCAAUGUGAAUUCUUUCUUUUUUACAACACAUGGCAUCCACCAAUCUUGUUUCACUGUAUGCAGAUGAAUAGCUAUUAUAUUGAGGAAAUAUAUAAGUGGAGUACCGGAACCAGCUUGGGGUGCAGGGGUUGUUUGGGUCUACUGGUAGGGGAAAUUAAGACACAGCUAAUUAACAGUAGCAGUGCAUGUCAGUGUUCUGCAUGUGUAAGUGUUUGUGUGGGCAAAUAUUCAACAUUGGAAGAAUAGUGUACAAUUUGACAUUUUACAUUUGAUCAGUGUUGAUUUUCUGUAAUUUACCAGCCUUUUUCAGUCUGGGGAUAGAAGCUGUGCAAGGUUAUGAGGGUUAUAGAUGUGAGGCAUUGGUACCACACACCAAUGCCUACCAUGCGGUAGUAUUCAUAGAUUACACAUUACGUCACAAGUCUGUUUUGAACAAUCCUUAUGGGGCUGAUAUCCAACUCAAAAUUCUACUCAAAGCUUCCUCAAUGGAUGCUGCUAAAGAUUUUGUCUAAAGUGCAUUACUAAGGCUUGAACAAAUGAUGCCACCUCUAAAAAAAGCAAUUUUUUUUGUAGCUAAACCUUUGUUAGAACUUUGUUAGAAGCAGCUGUUGAUAGCGAGAAACCCCCUCUUGAUAAUACAUUUGAGCAAUGAAGAGAGCUGGGUAUUCAUAACAUAUGGGAGCUGUGGAUAGAGGAACUUUUACCUCCACAUUCAACUGUAGGUCAUAACAGAAUGGCACAAUUGUAAAAAAAAAAAAAACACACAAAAAGACAUGGCAACAAAGAAACAAUACUCCGUUUCUGGUCUAGAGUUAGACUCGCAAUUUGUACAGGAAUGCGCUGCAGAGGGGUGUUUGAAGGGGUGUUAUAGGAGGAUAAUGUUAGGGGUGAAUUUCUAAGGGAGAGGGAAUGAGUGGGAAGGCUUGUCUGGCAUUAACGAUGGGAGAUUUUUUAUGUUAGUUUAUAUCCUCCACACGGUGGUGCUAUAACAAGCACAUCUGGUUAAAUUUGGCACACAUGUUCAGGGUUUUGAGUUUUGCUAUCCUCAUGAUAUGUCAGACAAUACUGGCACACUUUAAACUUGAGUGAAUGAAGCAUCUUGUCAUAGAGAUCUGGAAUUAACUGACUGGCCCUAGAAGGUGGUGGUGGGGGGCGACAUGUCUACAGUUGCAUAUUUACAGUUGGUUUCUGUUUUUGUUUUGUUGGUGGUAUCGAAUAAUGGUGCGUCAAUUGUUGUUUGCUUGCUCUAAACAAUUAUUAUGCUGUAUAGUAUAGUGUAUUGUACAGUAUUUUGGAAUAUAUUGCACACACACACACAAAUGCAAUUCCAUGUGCACUGAAAGUGUGAUUGUCAAUUGUUAAAUUUGCUUUAUUCAAAGAAAAAUGCUAAAAAUGUUGUAGCUCCUUGGAUAGAUUUUUGUAUUGUUUCUCUAUUCUUUUCAAAUGUAUAACAGUUUGGGUACUCCUUGGGUUUUUGUGACUUGUCUUUCUGAAACCUUUUAUUCUCUAAUACUGCAUUCCAAAAGCAUUAAUGCAAUAAAUUAAUUAAUUUUAA